AUGACCACGGUGCUGGAGGUGAGCGAGGCUGACAGCGUGACGGGGCACGCUCACAGCCUUGCCAUCACGGCGCCUGAGCGAGUGACAUUCGUCAAGGGCACUAGCAGGGAGGAAGCUAGAUGGUGGGCCGAUGUGCUCAGUAUGUACCCACGCAGUAAGGGUCGACACAAACGCAACGCCACUUUCCCCGGCGGGCAAACAGGCAGCCUUCUGCAAUCUUCGACAACGAGAAAGUACUCGGCUGACGCUUCUACUCUGCGCGAUGCUGCGGACGGCUGCAGCAGUACUCGGCCGAGGUAUUGCACCGGCGGCACCACCACUUGGCCUGGACCUCGAGUGCAGCCACCGCAACCGGAGAUACCGAGCAUCGCCGCUCCCACCAAUAUCGACACUAAAGUGUACGCUGAUCAACCGGUGUCUUCAGCAUCACCGCCAACGCGAGAUAAGAUAAACGGAGACGAAAAGGCGAGAACUCGACGACGGGAGUGGGCCGAGUCUAGCGCCACGCCAACCGUCGAUGAAGAUGUGAGCGUGACCCGCUCCCCGCUACUGCAGCAACAGCACCAGCAGUACGACGAGCAGCUGCGUGACAUCGCCGCGUCGCUCACGAGGCCGCGCUCUCGUCGAGCUCUGCCGCCAACUCUAGAGCGGCCCACCAGACUUCCACCGCCCGAUCGACUACCGGCACGAGGUUCACCUGACGGCGGCGCACCGCCAGAAGAAGGUAGCUCCAGUUCCGCAAGUGAGGGCAGUGAACCACCUGACGCAGUCGAAGCUUCAGAAAACGGAGAGGGGGGCAGAGUUGAAUUGCCCGCUGAAAGGCUCCUACACGCUAGAGCGGGAUGGUUGCAAAGACGCGGCCCAGCUGGAUGGUCGCGACACUGGUUCGUGCUACGUGGAGCGGCACUGCUAUAUUUUAGAGAUCCACAGGCCGAGCACCGAGGAUUGCUAGACGGUGUUAUCGACCUUAGUGGUGUGGCCAAUGUGGUGGAACUACCAACGUCAGCCUCCACUAACGGAUACGCCUUUGAAACUGAGACGUGGGACGGCAAGCACAUCGUUUUGUCGGCGGUGACAGCAGGAAUUAGAGCAAACUGGGUUUCGGCAAUUCGAAGAACAGCUGGGUUGCCCGAUUCUGGACCUUUGUCGCUGAUACUACGGGAUCAGGACAGCGUCGAUCAAGCAUCAGAAUCGUCAACUUCGCCAGUGACCCCAAUUACCCCAAACACUGGAAAAUCGGCACCAUUUUCUUCAGACGAAGAAUACAGAACAGCUUCCGAAGGUGGCCGUAGGGACAGCGCCGAUUGGGGAGAUAUAACGUCACAACCACCACCAUCACCAAUAUUAACUCGAACCCCAAUCUCCAAAGUCAAAGAGAAGGUCCGUGCAAGAUCUUGUCAUCAGAUACCGCUUCGAACAGAAUUGAACAAUGAUAAAGACGAAAUAGAUUCUACCAAAGAUCGCUCCAUUGAUGAAGUGGAUGAAAACGAGAAACCGAAUGAACCAAGGAAACGUAGUUACAUUUCGACUAUAGAUAAACAGGCAAUAGAAAUUGACGAUUUACGCAAACAGUUAAAAUUAGCAAUUAGUGAUUUUAACGCUGCGGAAUCUGAACUUGCGAGACUCCGAAAGCUUAAAUCUGAAACGGCAUUACGAGAGAAGAAAAUGGAGGAACUUGUCAUAGCAUUACAAAAGAAAGAAGAGGAAUUAUCUAUACGAACUAAGGAAGCUGAAAGUUUAGACGCUAUAAAACAGCUUUACAAUCAAGAUAAAACUAUGUGGGAGACCAAAUUGUCCGAAACUCGAAACUUUUUAAAGGAAUCGACAGAGCACUGUGAGUUACUCACAAGGCAGCUAGCAUCAGCUCAGGAAAAUAUAAAACAGUUACAAAAAGAAUUAAAUGAGUUAAACGAAAAACUAGUGAAAAGCGUUAAAGAAAACGAUAGCUUAUAUUCCAGGAUCAGAGAGUUGGAAGGCAGGGUGCCAUCUGAAUCGCCUUCUAAAGAGAAGAGAAAAAGUAUCGGUUCACUUAGUGAUCUCACUAAUCUGAAUCAAGACCUGAACUUGGAAUCUUUGGAUAAGAAUAGACUGAUCGAUGAAUAUGUUGAACUAAGGGGACGAUUUUUGAAAGCUAUUCAAGAAAUUAAGGCUAUGAAGAAAGAACUUCGGGAAUCACACAAUAUGUAUGACGAACUUGAAAUUACAAAUAUGAAAUUAAGAAAUGAAAUGAAACUGAGAGAACAGUGCAGCAGAUCAGAAAUUAAUUUAAUGGCAGCGAAGAUUUUAGAUUUGACACAAAAAUUGACAGCAUCGGACAAACAAGUCCGAACACUGAAACACAAGAUUCAAAAAACUGAAUCAAGAGAAAAGAGGCGUAGUUUGUCAUUAAAAGGGAGGGAAUCGUUUUCUUUGGGAAAGGAGCUUGAAGAAAAAUUAACAGAAUUAGAAAACAAAGUGUCUCUCCUCGAAUCUGGGGAAUCUGUUCCUACCAUAAAUUCUCCAUCUAAAAGUGGAUCCCCAGCCAAAGAAAAAGCUACUAAAACUGACAGUGUUACAGAUGAAAAACGUCUUAAAAGGUUAGCUGCACGUCUAAGGAGAAAGUCUUUAGAUAGCGCCACAAGUUCGGAGCCUAUGAAAAUGCUAGUUCGACUAAGUUCAUUAGAAACCAAAAUUGCUUCCGCCAUUGAAAACCGGCGGGAUUUAACCAAUUCUUGUGAAUCUUUAAGCUUAACGACGGCUUGCCCCGAUAACUCUUCGUUGAACGAAAGUCAGGAGAGCUCAUCAGUCGGUACGCCAUCACAAAGGCACCUGCUCGAUCGCCUACAGACUCUCGAAAAUGUAGUUGUACAUUCGCGAAAUAAGAUAAAUGAAUGUCUUUGUCAAAUGAGCGCUAUGCGGGCAGCGAAAUCAAGGAGAUCGCCUUCACCUAGUCUUGAGAAAAAAUACAGUAUUAAAUCGAUGGAGAAAUGUUUGAUGGAUGUCAGCAAAAGAUUACAAGAAUGCUUCGAUAAAUGUUUGGUGGAUUGUCAAGAUCAUAAAGAAGAAAUCAACGACAGCGUAGCGGAGGUAGUCGUGCAACUUGAAGAACAAUUGAGAACCAAAUUAUUGGAAAUAUCAAAGAAAAAGGCGGCGCUAUACGAAGCCGGCGAGCUAACGCAAAGGAAGAGCUUGGAAAUCCUGGCAGAGAAACUGGCAUAUGAGGCUGUCCUCAUAAGCAGGAUACAAGAGGCUUUAGAGUCUUCCAACGGAAGCAGAUUCUUUGCUAGAUUAAUAAAGUCUGAAAUAAUCGAAACUAGUCAAUUAAUCGAUAACCUUAAAUGUAAGAUAAACGGCGACAUCUACAAAAAUAUCAGUAGCACAAAGAGCUCGCUCGACUACCUGGCGAGGAUACUAUCGCGCAAAAUUGACAUAAUGAACACUAAGGAGACGAAAGAGCUUAGAAAAUCGGAGUUGAUAAUACAGAGCGCCGAUCUCGAAGCCCUUAAGACGUCGCAAAAGGAAGUAGCCGAAGCGGUCGACAAGUACAAGAGCGAGAAGUUAGCGGAGCUGUGUUCCGCGCUAGCAUGCGAAACGCUCAGUUACGCGACGCCUACAGACAGUGACUUCGAGCAACAGCGGGCGAACUUAGAGGCGGCUCGCGUGCGCGAGGCGUGGGCGGCGGCGCGGGACGCGCUCGGCGGCGAGCUGGUGCAGGCCGAGGUGGCGCGCGCGCUGGGCCGCGCCGCGCAGCUGUGCGAGGCGCAGCUGGAGCAGGCGCGCCGCGGCCGCCUCACGCUCACCGCGCAGGACCGCGCCGACCUGGAGCUGUGGUGGCAGGCGGCGCACGACCACCUGCGCUGCGAGAUGGACGCGGCCGUGCGCGACAUCGCGGCGCGCUACCGCGAGUGCCUCGCCGCCGACCGCCGCGCCAGGGAGGGCCCGCCGGGACUCGACAGCCGCGCGUUGCUGCUGCAGCUGGCCGACGUCCUCGCGCACAAGGCCCUCGUGGACGCGCGCGUCGCGGUCGUGGAGGGCACGUACCGCGCCGCCGAGCCGGGCGCGGCCGCGCACCGCGCCGACGACGCGAUCGCCUCGCUGGAGACGGACCCGUCCCUCGAGGCGGAGUUCGUGUACCUGUUCCAGCGGUUCUCGAACGAGUGCCGAGCGCUCUUCUCCAGUGACUGUUCGGGUAACAGUGAAGACUCGAUGAAGAUCGGCGAGAGCCUCGAGCGGGCGGAGGCGGCGGUGGCGGCGGCGCGGCGACGGCUCGGCGGCGACGAGUCGGACGGGGAGGCGAGCGCGGCGGGCGAGGCGGGGGAGAGGGAGCGCGCCGAGGCGCUGGCGCGGCGCGCGGAGGCGCUGGCGGAGCUGGCGGGGCGGUGCGCGCGCUGCCGGCGGCUGCAGGAGGCGCUGGAGCGGCUGGCGGCGGAGCGCGCGCGCGGCGAGGCGGCGCUGGCGCAGCAGGCGAGCGCGCUGGCGGCGGCGCGGCGCGCGCGCGCCUCGCUGCAGGCGCAGCACGAGCGCGAGCGCGCCGCGCUGCGGGAGCGCGCGCGCACGCUGCAGCGCCGCCUCGCCGCGCUCGACUCCGAGUACUCCGCACAGCUGGAGAGCCUGCGCGCCGCGUACCAGAGCGCGGUGUCUGCGGACACGCACGGCGACGGGCUGCGUGCGCGCUACCAGCAGGAGAUCGAGCAGCUGCGCGCGCUCUGCGAGAAGGGGCUGCUGGCCAUGGAGAGCUCGCACCGCCGCAUCGUGCGCGAGAUGGAGGAGAAGCACCGCGCCGAGCGUGAGCAACUCAGGCUGGACAAGGAGCAGGCGCUGGCGGAGGAGACGCGCGCCACGCUGGCGGCGCUGGACGCCAUGCGCAAGGCGCACGAGAGCGAGGUGCGGCGCGAGGUCGACAAGUUCAAGGCCGAGUUCCUGGCGCGCGCCGCGCACCCCGACCUCGGCCAGCUCAGCACCAGGCACCAGCAAGAGAUGGAAGAGAUCAAGCAGGAGAUCCUGUCGCUGUCGGAGAGGUACUCGGUGAAGUGCGUGGAGUCGGCGGCGCUGGAGGAGCGGCUGGCCACGGCCACGGCGCAGCUCGCGCAGGCGCACAACCACGUCAUGCAGCUCGACGCCAGAAACAAACAGCUUCGAGCGCAUAUAAUGUCAGAAGCAAACGAAAUGAAGAAUUCUGAAGCGUCCUCUCUUUCACAGCUGAUUGAAGAAACCGGACCGACGAAGUCGUCAAAGCCGAGCGGUCUGAUAGAGGGACGGUCGCGGCCCAAGUUGCAGUUCGCCAACAACGACACAAGGAACCUACAACUAUCGCCCGUACAGAACUAA